CAUAGGAGAAGGCUCGGAACUUCGGUAGACACGGGAGUUUCAGCUUAACUCCAUGAUGUUCCUCUAAUCCAUGAAGCUCCUGUGCCUUUUUUAUGUACGAGGUACGAAAAUCCGAAGCAGCUCCGGCUCUUUCGAACUCACAUGCUCCACGACCGCCGAUAGCGUUGCUGAAUGAGCAAAUGAAGUGAGCAAAUGGUCUAUGCCUUUCUCCAGGAAGGCACCCACGAAAGGCAACGAUAGUAAACGCCACAAUCACGUGGCGGGCUGAGGUAAAAGGAGUACUGUAAGCAUUCAACGAGUCAACAUGACCCGUGUCCCGUAUUUGCGAGACUCAGGAAAAUCUGGACGCUGGUCUGGCCAGCCCAUACCUUCUUCUCAUGAGAUGGAGAGCUUGCAGCUCGGCGUGAUGCAUGGACUGCCUGCAAGGGGGCUGCUGAUACAGUCAAGGGAUGGAUCGGCUGGAAUGCCACCUGUGGCAUAUUGAUUGUUUACAAACAUGCGCAGUCUACGAUUCUUCAUAAUUUGACAUCCUUGAAGAGCUUCACUUCGACGACGAUUUUUUACCUUGGUCAUAAACAUGAUCUAUCACGGAGGUAAUACCGAUUUCCCCAGCAAUCCCGACUCCCACAUCCCAUUGGAAGCAAGAGAAUUCGUGAAAGCCGAGUCCUGCAGCAUUAACGAUAGUCUAAUCGACAACACUGAACCAGACGACGUUGAAGAGCGCCAACAGCAGACUGUACCGAAAUGGCUGCGGUAUAGGCCCUCCACUCACCACAUCCAGUCUCAGCUGGCAGCAAGACUCCCUCGAUUUUUGAAACCUGCAACCAUCCGCACAAGCAAAUCCCUCCCUCCAACCGCGUAUCUUGAUGCGGUUCGAGGUUAUGCCGCCUGGGUAGUGUUUCUAGCCCACACCUAUAAGGCUCUAGAAUGGCGCUGGGUGAACGCCCCAAUUUUAUCGGUCAUGAUGAACGGAGAAGGCAUGGUUGCGCUGUUCUUCGUCAUCUCCGGCUACGUACUGAGCUACAGGCUUCUGAUUCAUACGCACAAUCGCUCUUCGGGACAACUGCUGAAUAGUCUCGCAAGCUCCACGUUCCGACGUGGCAUCAGAUUAUAUGGCUCGGCAACCGUGGCGCUGUUCAUCGUGCUUGUCAUGAUGCGAUUAGGUUGGUUCGACGAGAACGGCCUGCGUUUGCCCUCUUUGGUCGAUCAGCUGGUGGACUGGACAUGGACUUUGGUCGAUUUCCUCAAUCCCUUUGGCGAUAUUCGUGGAUAUAACCGACCCGAUGGGGUGAACAACAAAUAUCUCCGCCCAAUGUGGACUAUCCCAGUCGAAUUCCGGGGAAGUUUGAUUCUGUUCAUCUAUGUCGCGGCUACCUGUAAGCUGCGUCCACGCACGAGGAUGAUCUUGACCUGGAUAUCAAUCAUUGCAUGCUAUGCCUGGCAAGUCCUGUUCGUGGCCGAGUUCCUCAUGGGCAUGUUCAUUGCGGAAGUCGGACUGCUGCGGCACCCUGAACGUCUUUCAAGCUCGCGCGCCACUGCGUUCAUCGAUCUGCCGAGACUAAGUACGCAAAGCAUGGUUUCCAAAAUCACUUAUACACUCCUCUUCGUUUUCAGUAUCUUCCUGCUCGGUCAACCAGCCGGGACGAGCCUGGAGUUGCUUGGCGACUGGCCCUGGGCCUUUCUCAAGACCUGGAUUCCGGCGUCUUAUGGCCACUCUGACAGGCUUUACUGGUAUCUUUCCAUCGGCGCCUUUCUCACGAUCUUGAGUCUGGAGAUGCACCCAGCGCUUCAGACCCCCUUGAAGUAUGGCUGGAGUCAAUAUGUCGGUGAUUUGAGCUUCGGCAUAUACGCCCUGCAUCCACCGAUCGUUAUCACAGUAAUUCGCCAGUGGUACGAGCCUAUGAGGGUCGAGACUUUUGGGGAUGGACUACUGAGCCAUGUGCCAGGAAUCGUGCUCAUCCAUAUGCUGGUUUUCUCCGCCGCCGAUUAUUUCAGCAUGUUGGACAAAAGAGUCGUGAGGAUGGGGAGGUGGAUGCAGGAACAGUUGUUUGAGAGGUGGUAAUAACGUGGCGGAGUCCACUCCAUUCGCAAGACAGUUCGAAAAUCUGGAGCUAAGUAUAUGGAUUACUUCUUCCCGAAGAAAUCAGUGGGCAGGCACUUUCAAUAACUUGUUC